AUGACACGCUUGGUGGCUUCCGUUCUUUCGUUGCGCACGAUUGCGCGUACCUUUCCCGACGUGGCACAUCGACUCGCCCACCGCGCGAUCGGCUCCAAAACGGGAAAGGUCAAGUUCUAUCUCCGCGACAAGGGCUACGGCUUCAUCACGGCCGACGGCGCCGGAGAUGGCGACAUUUUCCUGCACCGCACGGCGUUCGUGACGCACGUUCCCCCGGAGCACCUCCGCCAUCCCUUUGCGCGGGAGCACGAACGCGUUAGUUUUGACACCCAGGUGGAUGCUAGCAGCGGACAAACCCGGGCCGUCAACGUCACGUGGAUCAAUGGCGAGCCCAUUCCUCCGCUGCGCCAGAAUUUCUUGGGCACCGCGUGGGAACGUGUUCAUCGUGAUUUGGGAGAAGCCGUCUACCGGAUCUUGUCCAAUAAAGUCAGCGAGAAUGCCUUGUCGGAAGCGGAACAGAACGAAAAGAUUCGGGACGCUUAUGCAUUCCAACAGACGAAAAUCGACGAGGCUCAUCAACUUAUUGUCAAUUUGGGCAUGGACGUUGCAGACUUUCCCGUCUACCGAUCGGAAAACAACGGUCGAGUGCUUUUCAAGCAUGUCAGGGACGAAGAUGUCAUCACACCCGACCGUGUGAUCUUGGAAGGAGCUACUGAAGAAAAGGAGCCAAACAUUGUACCCGACCAAGUGAGCUUUGGAGAUGCUGCUGACAGCGACGAGCCAGGCAACAAUGUAGCCGACCAAGUGAGCUUUGGAGACGCUGCUGACAGCGACGAGCCAGACAACAAUGUAGCCGACCAAGUGAGCUCUGGAGACGCUGCUGACAACGACGAGCCAGGCAACAAUGUAGCCGAUGCUGUGGAAAACGAGACGGGAGACGUCGAGGUGAAAUAA